UCUGUGUGUUUCCUCUCACCUGGUUACAGGUGCAUGGCAACCUCUCCUGACGUAAACACACACACACACACACACACACACACACACACACACACGCUAGACUCCUUCCCUUCUGUUUCCUGCCACUGACAGAUCCACCUUCACCAGCAGUGGGAAAAGUCUCAGAUAUAAAGGCUGAUAUAUGGACUAGGGGUCUUUAUGAUGCAGACGGUGGGAACGGUGGAUGUGGUUGACUGCUCCUUCCUCUUCUGCUUUUCCAAGCACAACAAGGCAACGGUCCAGAUCAAGGAGGACAUGAAGUGGAUGGUACAGCUGCCCAUGAACAAAUCCUCUCCAGCCACCGCCACGGGGGGGAAGAAGACAUUCGGCGUGUCCUUGCUGGAGUUGAGAGAUCUGGGACUUGUCAUUGACGGGGUUCCUGUGGUGGUCCGGAGUAUGGUGGAGUAUCUGGAAAAGCAUGGUCUUCGUCUGGAGGGUCUGUUCAGAGUAAACGGCAACGUUCGGGCCGUGGAUAACUUGCGGCAGAGGUUUGAUGGAGGAGAAGAGGUUGAUCUACAUCAGGAUGCAGACGCCUUUGCUGUAGCCAGCUUACUGAAGCAGUUCUUGAGGGAUCUACCUGAAGGUCUCAUCCAUCCCUCCAUCCACAAUCCUCUCAUUCAGCUGUACCAGGAAUCCAGUGAGGAUGACUUCUGUAAGGAUCUGCAUGAGCUCCUACUCCAGCUGCCAGAUAUCCACUACAGUCUCUUGUAUUACUUGUGUCACUUCCUGUCCCAGGUGGAACAGGAACAGGCUUAUAACCGCAUGACCGCCACCAACCUGGGCACAGUGUUCGGGCCCAACGUCUUCCAUGUGUCAUCUGGUUUUGAUGGUAUACGGGAGCAGAAUAUCUGUAACAACAUUGUGGCCAAGCUGAUCCAGAACUGCAGCGCCAUCUUUAAGCCUGUGCAGGAGAGAAGACCGAUCGAAGGAAAACCUUCAAACCUCAUCAUGGUCAAAGAGGCCAACACAAACACUGAAAGCUCAGAUAUGUCACCUUUCACUCCUGUUCCUAAGGCACAUGCUCCACAUGUCAAGAAGAUGAAGGUCACACAAUGCACUCCAGUUGAAAAUACAGAUUAUUCAAGAGAAGAGGAGUCCAGCCCAGACAACUCUAUACUGAAACCAAGAAAAAAGAUGGUGAAGAAGAUAAAGACGGAGGCUGUGCCGAGAUCUUUUCCUCAACCGGCUCUCUCCGGUGAUCCUGUUUCCAGGCCAUUGCCCCAUCUUCCAGACAGAAGCUCGGGUGCUAGUGCUCAGUUUCCUCCACACACUCCAGACCAGAGCAUCAGCUCAAGUGUUGACGGCAUGAACCCGAGUCCUCAGACCGUAAGCCCUGCCGGAUACACAGAGAUCAGCCUCCAAGAAGAUGAAAGACCAAUAUCUCCUUUCUACAUUAGCUCACAUGUCUCUCCUAGACACUGCAGACCUGAAUUAACAAAUUUUCUGGAGAAGACCAUUCGCUCAGCGGUCGAGCAACACCUCUUCAACUCGCAAAUGCACACAGGUCAAAGUUCAGAGGGCUUGGAUCCAACUGCCCACUCUUCAUCUCCUGUGACAACAGCUCGAGAGAGAAGGAGACAUCUACGAGAACAACAGGAGCACUUCAGGGUCAAGGGUGAUAAAGAGAACGUCCCGUCUCUGGGUGUGAGGGUUACAGAGGAGGGUGACAGGCGUCUGCUGUCGCCGCCACAUGAGGCUCAGAGAAACAGGAAACCCAAACACAGUCCCACACUGACUGAGCACUCAGACAACCCGGAUGCCCCCACCACGCCUGCCAUGAAGAUCCAGGAGGCUCUUAGUGGCGCAGAGCCAUGCAACGAUGUCCCACGACUUGACCUGUCGACUCUGACAGACAACAGUAACUGGGCAGAUUCUAACUUCUUUAGCGCCCCUUUCCUUGACUUUAAAAGCCUUUUAAGACCAAGUCUCAAUGAGGAACCAGUCCCGGCCUACUCGUCUUGGCAAAAGGAGAGUAUGGAGCGCGAGGAGGCUCAUUUGUCACCCCACGCCGGUGGAAAACUCAUUCGCCAGCUCCUGGAGGAGGACAGCGACCCAAUGGUCUCGCCGCGGUUCUAUGCUUAUGGAGAUGGUCAGCAGUAUCUUGAUGACACUGAGGUUCCUCCAUCUCCACCCAAUGCCCACUCAUUUAUGAGGCGGAGAAGCUCAUCGUUAGGCUCCUGCGACGACGACCGGGAAGAGCUCACUUCAGCCCAGCUUUCAAAGCGGAUCCACGUACUCAAGAAGAAGAUAAGGAGGUUUGAGGAGAAGUUUGAAGAGGAGCGCAAAUACAGGCCUUCACACGGCGACAAAGCCGCCAAUCCAGAGGUUCUGCGGUGGAUGAAUGAACUGGCCAAGAUGCGCAAAGACUUAAAAGAUCACAAGUUGCUUAAAUCAGAAGAGGAUUUGACGCCCAUCCCCCGCCAACGCAGCAACACUCUUCCCAAGAGCUUUGGAUCUCAGCUGGAGAAGAAACCCACUGAGACCAAAGCCCCCAAACCCCCUGUGGAGAGCACGCUAGAGGCAGUUAUGAACAAACUACAGGAGAAACGCAAGGAGGCUGGCCGGCCUGAAGACAUUAAGGACAUGACCCGUGAGCAGAUAGGAACAGAAAAAGUGGCCCUUCAGAAAGCUCUUUUAUAUUACGAGAGCAUCCACGGGAGACCAAUCACCAAGAACGAGAGGCAGGUCAUGAAGCCUCUAUACGACCGCUACAGACUCAUCAAACAGAUCCUCUGCAGAGCAUCUGCCAUUCCAGUCAUUGGCUCGCCUUCCAGCAAGCGCAGAGGCCCCCUGCUGCAGCCCAUUAUCGAGGGUGUACCAGCCCUAUUCUUCAGCGACACCAAGGAGGAGGAGGAUGGCUCGGAUGAUGACAGUGAUACCAGGACACAGUUCACAGUCACCGUUAAGCCGGAAGUGACCAUGUUGGGACUUCUCGACCAGCUGGAUGAGGACAUAGAUGGUUUCAUCUCACCUGUUGAUGAACUAUCGCCCUCCAAGAACACCACGGACAUGAGAUUGUCCAAUUUGCAUGCUGCUACCAUGCAGGAACUUGUGGAGCAACUCCAGGAAGCCCGUGAAGAAAAGAAAAGAAUCCGCAAAAACCUCCGUGAAUUUGAGGAUCAGUUCUUCAAACAAAACGGCAGAAACGUGCAAAAGGAAGAUCGCUCACCUUUGGCUGGAGAAUACAAUGAAUACAAGCACAAUAAAGCCAAGAUAAGGCUGUUGGAAGUGCUCAUCAGUAAAAGAGACUCCUCUAAAUUUAUUUAGUGCUCAUAUGGGAUUUACUUAACUGGCCAAACAAGGACCAGCCACUGCUAUCCAAAGCAAUUUAGUGUGUAAAAAGACAUGUACCUCUUUGACUCAUUACAGGCACAUUUGGCUUUGAAGGAUGCCAAGACAUGCCUGGUUCACCUUUAGCAGAUUUACAGUGCUGUUUGUUCCACUGUACAGCAAAAAAGGACUUGUGUUCUGCUUUGGACUGCUUUUUUUUUUUGCAUCUGCUAUGAGACUGUAUUUCAGAAAACAAUCGGAUUACUUGUGAAUCUCUGAUCUUAAUUCCCAUUGAAGUCCAGAAGAAU